AUGUCGGAGAGGCGCUGGUCCACUAGGAUCAAGGCGAAAGCCGCAACACUAUUGCGACGAUCAUCAUCGUCCAGCAGACAUAGCAAGACUUUUUUGGUAACCGCUUCCAACCUCUCUGCCUCCACCCACGACCUGCAACCGCAGCGCUCCCAUCAUUCCCAUCGCUCUCACCAGCUGCAGCCCGUCGAGGGUGCCAACCAAGGGAAGAAGGCGGAGGAGCCCGCGGAGCCAAACUCUGCCACCACGUCCACCACAACCACCACGCCGCCUAUCUCCACUCCCAACGUCGCCUCGAACCCGCCGCCUCUCUCGUCUGCGAGUCGUCCCUCUAUCUCCUCCUGCACCGAGUCUCAGUAUACCCCGGACGAGCUAGCCAGUGCCGGCACCCCAGGCGGUCAAUACUUCUUCGUCCCGGAAUACAAACGGCCCACGUCUCCUGUUCAGCGAGAGGAGCAAUCCGUCGAUCAAAGCUCGCCCACUGAGACGGUAACAGAGGCAGAACCUCAACCUGAAUCACAGGAGCAGCAGACUACACCCCGUCGAUCGAAUCACGACCGUGAGCGUGCCCGAUCCGGGUCGAGUCGGAAAAGCUUUCCCUCUGAGCUGCUCAAUUUCCCACUCCCUCCGUCCCGGAAGUCCGACGCUUCUGCUCCUCUAUCUCCCACGAGAACCGAACCUUCGAGCGCUCCGCUGAACGCCAGUCCCAGCCGCCGCGAGCGUCCUGUCUCUGGUCCUACAGAGCAGCCGUCGACACCGCUGCAUUCUGUCGCGGAAAAAUCCGCUGUAAAUACCUACCAGUCCUUCCCGCUCGCUCCGACCUUUCCUACACGCCCUAGCGUUAUCCGCCGCCAGUCGCUGCUGCCUGCAUCUCACCAACACCUGGUAACCUCUAUACUGGACAGCGGCUCUUUCACGGAACCCGAUAAUAUAAAUAGGGAAGGCCCGACCAUGGGAUCGGGAAUGGGACUGCGCAAGAUCUGGGUUAGGCGCCCGGGUGGAUCGGCCACGCUUCUUCCUACGUCGGAAGAUGCUCUGGUCGAUGAGCUGCGAGAUCAAGUGGUUGUCAAGUACGCCAACUCGCUAGGAAAGACCUUUGAUGCGCCUGACAUUAUCAUACGCAUCACUACGCGUGAAGGGGUCAGGCUGCCGACCCCCGACCGCAUGCUCAGCCCGGAGGAGCCGUUGUGGACAGUGGUUGAUUCAUACUACCCCGGUGGCCAGACAGUAGCAGAAGCACUUGUCAUUGAGAUCCCUCAGCGUCGCACACCUAAACCUUCGCCUCGUCGCAAUGUAUACUUUGCCCAAGGCGAGCCCGGAGAGCAUGGCGAUUACUUUCCGCUUAUGCCGACCAAUAUAAAUCUUUCCACGCCUCCGACGCAUCAUUCGAACUCGGCGAACUCUGCCGCCACCCACGGAGCGCCGUCAAUAUCUAUCCUUACUACCGGCCACGCUCCCCCAGUACCAUCACCUGGGGGACGGUCACACCGACGACCUCCUCUGACCCGACAUACCACACACUCACCAACACUACGAGGGAUGGCUCAAUCGAAGGAAUCCGUGAGUUCACAAACGGCGGUUCCAACACAGCCCACCCCGCCAGUCGUGCCCACACCUCCUGGGCCACCUGCGGAGUCACCCAAGGGGAAAGUCCAUACCCCACCGGCGCGAGUAGCAUCGCCUCGCCCUGGCCCUGCAAAACCGAAAAAGUCCAACCGUGCAUCGCUGCUAAACGGUGCAUUCGGCGGCCUGAUCGAGGGCACGGUGCCGCCGAUUAACGUCCUCAUUGUUGAGGACAACGUCAUCAACCAAAGGCUCCUCGAGGCGUUCAUGAAGCGUCUCAGUGUGCGAUGGAAGUGUGCAGCCAAUGGACAAGAGGCUGUGACCAAGUGGCGCGAAGGAGGAUUCCAUCUCGUCCUAAUGGACAUCCAAUUGCCCGUCAUGAACGGGCUGGAUGCUACAAAGGAAAUCCGCCGACUUGAACGGCUGAACGGUAUUGGAGUGUUCCCUAAGAAGACAUCAGGCCUGUCCGAGGCGGAGGCCGCAACGGCCCAAGAUCGUCUCACAGAAGAAGACAGUCUACAUGACUUGUCUCUGUUCAAGAGUCCAGUCAUCAUCGUAGCCUUGACGGCUAGCAGUUUACAAAGUGACCGUCACGAGGCCUUAGCUGCGGGCUGCAAUGACUUUCUAACGAAGCCCGUCCGCUUCGAAUGGCUCCAACAAAAAGUCACCGAAUGGGGCUGCAUGCAAGCCCUCAUCGACUUCGAAGGCUGGCGCAGAUGGCGCGGCUUCGUGACCUCCGAGUCAAACUCACACGCGGGCUCCGGCCGUUCAAGCCCCGAGACGCGCAACGGCACGAGAAAGAUCUCGGCUGCGUCUCCGUCUCCCUCUCCUCCUGUCAAGAAGCUCAGUCAUCUCCGGAAGAAUGACCUUGUUGACGAUUCUCCUGAUAGCGGGGAUGGCUCGGACUCGCCUGCUAGCUUGCACGCGGAUGGUCCGAGUCCGUUGCAGGAGGGUGCUCUCUAG